AUGGCUGAAUAUGGCUAUGGGUAUACCAGGAAAGAGUGUAUAGACAUUGCAUCUGACUACGCUGUUCAGUUGGGUAAAAGAACGAAGGAUAACCCCCUGUCUCUAAAGUGGAUUUAUGGGUUUUUAAAGCGCUGGCCAGAACUCAAAGUUCUCAAACCAAGAGCCCUUGAUCAUGCUCGAGCUAAAAUGGCCUCAAGGGAGACCAUCUCGAAUUUUUAUCACAACCUCAAAGAAACAUUAACAAAAUAUGAAAUGACUGAUAAGCCCCACCUGAUCUACAACAUUGAUGAAAAAGGCGUAACAGUCAAUCACAAACCACCAUUCAUCGUAGCCGGUUCUGAUUACUGUCCUUCAUCUGUCACUUCUGGAAAAGGGCAGACAAUCACAAUAAUUGGAUGCGGUAAUGCAGCAGGUCAAGCUAUACCCCCAUUUUACAUUUUCCCAGGCCAACGAAUGAAACCUGACUUGUUGAAUGGUGCAGCUCCAGGCUCUAAUGGUACAGUAAGCGAGACCGGAUGGUCCAAUGGUUGCGUUUUUCGCUCCUACUUAGAGCAGCAUUUCCUGAAGUUCACCCCAGGAUCUAGUGACCAGAAGAAACUACUGAUACUUAAUGGCCACAAAUCACAUGUGUCAGUUGGUUUGACAGAAUGGGCUCUAGAACACAACAUUAUCAUAUUUGUCCUUCCCCCUCAUUGCAGCCAUAUCCUUCAACCUUUAGAUAUCGGCUGCUUUGGACCGUUCCAGAAGAUGUAUGACAGCCUCUGCCAUCGACUAAUGCGCCAAACAUCAGCUGUCAUUACACGCUACAAUGUGUGUGAGGUCGCAUCAAAGGCAUACAUGAAGUCAAUGUCUGCUGAAAACCUUACUUCAUCAUUUCGCCGUGCAGGCAUAUACCCGUUUAAUGAAGACGCUGUCCCCAGCCAAUGUCUUAUCCCAGCUGAAGUUUUUCAGCACACCGAGACAGAAACUUCAGACAGCCAGAAAACUGUUGAAGGUGGGAUACAAGUUGAUGGUGUAGACAUGUUUGCACAGAAAGAAAGAACAUUAAAGAAAACAAAAAGUGGAAAUUUGGCUAAAGCUAGAAAUACAAUGAGCAAAAUAGUGGCCGGUAAAGAAAUAUCAGGCGAGGUCUUGAAACAAAUGACGGAACAUACAGAUAAACAAAACAAGAAUAAACCAAACAAAACUAAGAAAGCUACCAGUAAUGAGGCCCACAAUUCAUCUCCCCAGCCUGGUCCCUCUAAAGUGAACACCAUUUCUGACAGUAGUGACACUGAAAAUGAAGAGGACUUGUGUUGCCAGUGCAAACAAUUUUCCCCUGAAGCUGUCAGGCACAGUGCUUCAAUAAUUUUUGUAAAAUGGGCACAGUGUGACAAUAGAGCCUGCAAUCACUGGGUACACCUGUCAUUUUGUACAGAAAUUAAAGUAAUCAGAAGAGGUGCAACAUUUAUGUGCCCAUGCUGUGCAAAAGAAGAGUGA